UUCAAACAUGCCACGAGCUGUGAGCUACUUCUGUAAAGAAAGGCAUACGAAAACAAGUUAAAAAAGUUCAAUAUGGGAUUUUUGGUACCGACAUCCACGGCUGUUUUCUUCAUUGCAUUUUUUGUGAACGGAUUGGACGCCUUCUCGAGAUCGUCUUGCACGCAUACAGCAAGAUUUGACAAUCCUCAAAAAGAUAAAAGCUUGGACGGUAACGUUAUCGAGACUGUGAACGUGAUAGACCAGACGAAUUGCGUCAUCAUUUGCCUGGAGCAUCCGGAUUGCGAGUCCAUCAACUAUCACGUCGUCUCGUCCAGUCCUACGCACGUUUGUGAACUAAAUAGCAAGAACGAGCAUGACGUCAGUUUGACUGAUAAAACUGACGUCAUCCAUUAUGGACCAAACAUCUCUCAACUGCCAGACUGUGCUCAGAAUGGACCGGGCGAGUGUCAAAAUGGCGCACAUUGUGCCUCGUCUUGUGCAAAUGAUCAAAAACUGAUGUGUCAUUGUCGAGAGGGGACAACUGGAUCAACCUGCGCAGUUGUGUACAAGAAUCAGGACUUCACGAUGGUGUUUCCAACAAGGAGCGUUCAGAAUUACAUUUUGAUAGACGACAGCAACGUACCGGAAAUGGCUGCCUUCACUCUAAUGUUUUGGGUCACCUACUUAAGAGAAUCAGUUAUGACAGUUUUGACAUAUGGCCUCGAAAAUGAAGAUAUAAAAUUGAACAUUAAAACAGACGGGUUUUAUUUCCGUGUUUUAUCUGGAACUAAGGGAAUAAGCACUCCUCCGAUCUUUGAUGGCUAUUGGCAUCACGUGGGAAUCACAUGGUCCCUGGGGGAAUACGUCUUGUACAUCGACGGUACGUUGAUUGAAAGUGGAGAAGGCCUGGGUCCGACUACUCCAGUAACAGCGGGAGGAAAAUUUCACAUUGGUCAGAGGUAUAAGUCCGAAAGAAGUUUCGACGAAACCAAGUCAUUUGCGGGUAAACUGACGCAAUUGAAUAUGUGGGACAAGAUUUUCACUGAGGAUGAAAUCAAAUCGACAAGUGGAAGUUGCAUCAAUGACGUUGGUACGAUAUUAGAUUGGAGCACCGUGGUGAGUAAAGCACACGGAGCUGUAUUCAAGGAAAGCCUGGGAUUGUGUCGGACACUUCGUGAUGAUCCUGUCUACGAUGUAAUGAUGACGGCUGACGCUAGCAAGAGCACGCAAAUAACAAGAAUUGAAACAUCUGUCAGCCUUACAACAUUCAAGAAUAUUACAAUCUCAACGUGGGCACAACAUGACGAAUACAUGAGAUAUAUUUCGUAUAGGUCGUCUACUGGCGCAAUACCAUAUCUCUCGUUUCGUCUCGAAAAAGAUGUUCUCAUUCUGGACAUAGUAAACGUUGUUCGAAAGGAAGCACGUGUUCCCAGAUACUGGAAAGAGGACCCUGCGUUAUGGCAUCACGUUGCUACCACGUGGUCAGGCGAUACGGGGGUCUGGCAGAUCUUUUUGGAUGGUUCACUGGUCUCUACCAUGGAGAAUGUGGCUGUUGGCCAUGAGCUUCCUACGAAAGGGACUGCAUUCAUUGGUGUCCCAGAACCCGGAGAUCUAUCUAUGACAGGCAGUUUAACAAGAUUCAACAUAUGGAAUCUCAUAAUCGAUGGGGGAUCUAUAUCAAUAAUGGCAAGAUCGCAACAAUCGUUCCCCAACGGCAAUGUAUUCGCUUGGUCCGACGUGAAAUCGAAGGUCACUGGAGAUAUGGAAUUCGAGAAGACACCCAGUGGCGUGCGCAAUAGACGGUCAGGUGUAGAAUAUCAAAUGAAGUUUCCAGCAGCAUCGUCCUCUAAUUACGCUCUGCUUUACAACGUAUUUCCUGAACCAGUCACAGUAUUCGCGGCAUGUUUCUGGGCGAAAAUUUUGGAUGCGGGUGCUGCAGUCUAUAGCUACUCGACUAAAAGUUACAGUGCUGAGAUUCAAUCCUAUGUCUACUCUUAUGAACUUGACCUUAUCAUCCAAGGCGUGGACCAAUCUGGGCCUGACCUUUCAUCCCCGAGCAAUUGGCAUUUCUAUUGCCAGCAGUGGCGCAGUUCGGACGGUCUCAUCGAGACUUGGCAAGAUGGUAAAAAACUUCAAAGCAAGACCCGCGCAACAGGCAAGGUUGUGGAACCAGGGGGAGCCAUGAUCAUUGGCCAAGAACCGGACUCGUAUGUCGGAUCCUUUUCUAGUUCCCAGGCGUUUAAGGGCACCAUCGCGGGAUUAAACAUGUGGACGGAUUUCCUAACUUCUAACGAAAUCCAAGGAAUGUGUGGUGGGCUGAUUAAUGUCAACGGUAAUCUAUUCCGGUGGAGGGAUAUUAGUCUUCCUGAAUACAGAUAUGGUGAUGUCACAAAGGCAUUGGCUGAACCGGCAUUACCCGAGUUUCGUGUGCAGAAACUACGGGACGAAUGGUGUAUAAAGAAUUACAAUAGAAGAAACGCCAGAUUUGUGCGGAUUAAGAGUGGAGGAUACAAGUGGAGGUGUAUGAGUUCCGUUGCCUUGUUACCAGAGAACAUGUGUUAUGACAUCGAUGGGGCCAGUCCUUCAUACAAUACAAGAGACCCACAACUUUUAGCUAUCGUAUAAUUAGUAUAUUUGUGUUAUCUUAUCUUGACAAACCCUAUUACCAUAUCAUACCAUACCAUACCAUACCACACCACACUACACCAUACCACAGCAC